GCCGCAGCGGCCACCUCCCGGGUCUGAGCGCGCCGAGCCGCGAGGCCGGGUCGGGCGCCGGUCGGGACCGCCGGGGGCGCGGCGCCGACGCGAGGCGCGGCCAUGGACGGGCAGACCCGCGCCGGGGUCGCGCUGGUGCCGGGGCCGAGCGGCCACGGGCCUUCCGCCCGCCGCCGCCGCCCGGGGCUGCUGCUCCCCGGCCUCUGGCUGCUGCUGCUGGCCCGGCCGGCCUCGUGCGCCCCAGACGAGCUCUCUCUGGAGCAGCACAACCUGUCGUCGCCCUCUGCGGAGCACCCGCUGAAGGAGAGCGCCGCGCACAGCACUGCACACGUGGCCUUAACGGAGGCUGCCCCAGGGUCCCAGCCGAGCAGUCCUCCCCACCUCAUGUCCUCUCCAUCCGCUGCUACUUUUGAUACAGCCUUUUUUAACCAAGGAGAACUGACCCCAAGUACAGCAGAUCACAGCGUCUUUGUGGCAAAUUCCGUGUCAGUGACGAGCAACGAGGUGGUCAUAGAUGACGAUGAAAUGGAUAACUUUUUGCCAGAGACUCAGUGCGCCACCUCCCGCGUGGUCUCUCCGAUACAGUACGUCACAGUCAGCCCCCCGGGGCUGCCCGAGGAAACAGCAGACUCCGUGCUGACGCCACCAUUGCCCACUGUUCCUUCACAAGAUGAAGAAGUGACGUCCGCCUGGCAAGACACAAUGCAACAACCGACAACGUGUGCUGAGUCCCCCAGUCAUUGCAGUGUUUUUCCGUCAACUUUUCUCGCUUCCGAGGCCAUGAUCCCAACCCCUAGUAGGAAUUUGGUGCUUUAUCCUACUGACCCUUAUGGACGCUCAUCAAGCAGGACUUUGCUGGAGGUCGUGGCUUCAAGAACAGAGGGCGUAGAAACCCUCUUUUUUAGCUCCACAUCUUCAGUGCCUCAGCCGUCAGGCGAUGGCCUCACUCAGCCAUUACCCGCCUCGGGGACGGCCUCAGCGCCUCCAGAGGGUGUUCUGGCCCCGGGUUCAGACAGAUACUCUGAUGGGACCACUGCUUUGAGUCAGAGUCUAAAAGAAACCAUCUCUCCAAGAACAUCUCCAACUGCAGCUAUAUCCCAGACGGCCCUUGCUUUUAGCAGCAGCUGCAGCAUAAACUCAGCUUUGUUUUCAAGUCCUCCUGCGUUUGUGUCCUUUUCUACUCGGUCAGCUGAUGUUUCAUAUGACCCCAUUCUUCCUGGCAAUUCCAGGGGAGCAUCCGAAUUGCCUGGCACUUCAGUGGUCCCAAACCAUGCGGACGACACUCCUGUCUGGAGCCCAGCGUCUCCACUCAGACCGUACACGUGGUGUGGGUCCUGCUCUAUGGCAUCACCGCGGCACGUUCUGUCCACAAGCCUCGUGGAGAAAGACGGGGGCUCAGGGGACAGUGCUGAGACCAUGACCGUAUGGGAAGCGAGCAGCAUCCCUCCACCAAGCAGCAUCUCUCCACUGAGCAGCAUAGCAGAGGACGUCUCUGAAUUUGAGGAAGAUCCUCAAGAAUAUAACCUACUUUUCCCCUCAAGACCAAUAGUUCCACUUUCUUCUCGGUUUGUGGAAAUCUCAGAAGCAAGCAUGGGUCUUUCGGCCGAGGUGGACAGGAGGAGCAUCAGGAUCACACAAGCGUAUCCUUCCCACGGCCCCUCCCCGCCAGUGUCACUCGAUCCUGCUUCCUCUGGCUCCGUCUCUGCCAUUGAAACUCAAGUAAUGCCGCCCAGUGUGACAGCUGUGUUUCCCUCGGCCGUCCCUGAUGUUCUCCUCGACUCGUCUUUCUCCGUCACGGCCGACGAAUACACGCCAUCACUUGCUUCCGGAGACCCGACGCCUUUUACGUCUUAUGGUUUGGAGCCUUCCGUAGAGGCUCCGCUUUUCCCUGCCCGAGAACGCGCCAGUGUUUCCCAACACGAAACCAGAAGGACUUUGGGGUUUGCAUCCAGCUUUUCCUCAACUCCGCCGCUGGAAUUCAGCAGCUCGGCCCCUUUGUCUUCAGAAGGACUUGCGUCUCCAUCUCCGAUGUCAAGUGACGUGUUGACCAUCCUUGCUCAGGCCUUUCCCACCUUGGUCGAGACACUUACGUUGUCCGACUCUCCCCAUCUGCAGUCACCUCCGCUCUCCGUCCCUAAUUCCACAAACCUUGACUUUUCUCAGCUCUGGCCGAGUUCAGACCUCCUUUUAAGUGCAUCCACAUUUCUACCUAGUUACUCUGAAAUGUCGCUUCUCUCAAGCUUCCACUCCACGUCUCUCACGCUCUCUGAAGCAGCCACCGUUUCACCGGCAGAUUCUGAAGCCCGUUUUACCUCAGUUUUCACGGAAACUACCUCCUAUUUUGAGUUUUCACUCGUGCCCCACGCAUCGGCGGUCCCCACGCGGGUGCCCUCCAGCUCUGAGCCCAUCCUUGACAUUUCGACUGCUGGAGCGCACUCAGCGUCACUUCUGACUGCCUUUCAGACAACACCCCCUGUAACGGGAUCAUCCCUCCUUUCCACUCCCGCGCCUUCCGAUGGGGAUAUCAGUGCGAUGGGUGAUCACGCGUCUGUCUUACCCUCUUUCUCCACGGUCAUUCCUACCACCACAAUAUUGGUCAUCGCCGUGUCCCCGUCCUCAGCACCCUCCGCUGUUUCUGAAGUGCUCCCCUCACCUGUACCUACAGAUUCUGUAUUUGUGGGCCCAUCGUUCACACCCACAGAUUUGCCGAUGAACACAACCACUGAACUGAGCACAUCUCCUGCCAGCACUGCCCCUGACGAUGCUGUCGACAUCAUCCUGAACAGCACCCCCGAGAGUCAGAAUCCCCACGAGAGCAGCACAGUCCUCCCCUUGCCGUCCCUUCAUCCUGUGUCCACCUCCACUCCCGAGGCCGUGGUCACUAUUCCGGCAGUGGUCACCACCAGGCCGCCGUAUGUGUGCGAUAUCACAAUUCCUGAUGCCUAUUUGAUCACAACUGUGCUGGCCAGAAGAGCCGUGCAGGAGUACAUCAUUACGUCCAUCAAGGAGGUGCUGAGGAUUCACUUCAACCGCGCCGUGGAGCUCAAGGUUUAUGAACUAUUCGCUGACUUCACUUUUCUGGUAACAUCUGGUCCUUUCGUUUACACGGCAAUAUCAGUCAUAAACGUGCUUAUAAACAGUAAACUUGUACGCGACCAAACUCCUUUAAUCCUGGCUGUGAAACCUUCCUUCCUUGUGCCGGAGUCCAGGUUCCAAGUUCAAACGGUCCUUCAGUUUGUGCCUCCGAGCGUGGAUACUGGCUUCUGCAACUUCACCCAGCGCAUUGAGAAAGGCCUGAUGAUAGCGCUCUCCGAAGUGAGGAAACACCACCAGGGCACGUAUAACCUCACGGUGCAGAUCUUGAAUAUCACUGUGGGCUCUCCCAGGGUGGCGCCUCGCCGGGGCCCCGUGAACAUCGUCUUUGCUGUUAAAGGCACACAGGGGUUCUGGAAUGGGACGCAAGUGAGCGAGCUGCUCAGGAACCUGAGUGUGGUGGAGUUCAGUUUCUAUCUGGGGUACCCGGUGCUCCAGAUCGCCGAACCCUUCCAGUACCCGCAGCUCAACCUGUCUCAGUUGUUGAAGUCCUCGUGGGUAAGAACAGUGCUCCUGGGCGUCGUUGAGAAGCAGCUCCAGAAUGAAGUGUUUCAAGCUGAGAUGGAGCGCAAACUGGCCCAGCUGCUGAGCGAGGUUUCCACCCGGAGGCGGAUGUGGAGAAGGGCCACCGUGGCUGCCGGGAACAGCGUGGUGCAGGUGGUAAACGUGUCGCGGCUGGAGGGAGAUGACGAUCCCGUGCAGCUCAUCUACUUUGUGGAGGAUCAAGACGGAGAACGACUCAGUGCAGUCAAGUCUUCAGACCUGAUCAACAAGAUCGACAUUCAGAGAGCAGCCAUUAUCUUGGGUUACCGAAUUCAAGGCGCUGUUGCCCAACCCGUGGACAGGGUGAAGCGGCCGUCGCCGGAGUCCCAGAGCAACAACCUCUGGGUCAUCGUCGGUGUGGUCAUCCCCGUGCUGGUGGUCAUGGUGAUCGUCGUCAUCCUCUACUGGAAACUCUGCCGCACGGACAAGCUGGACUUCCAGCCCGACGCUGUGGCCAGCAUCCAGCAGCGCCAGAAGCUGCAGAUCCCCAGUGUGAAGGGGUUUGAUUUUGCCAAGCAGCACCUGGGGCAGCACAAUAAGGACGACAUCCUGAUUAUUCAUGAGCCUGCUCCGCUGCCAGGGCCUGUGAAGGACCACACCACGCCCUCCGAAAACGGGGACGUCCCGAGCCCCAAGGCCAAGGUCCCCUCCAAGAAUGUCCGCCAUCGAGGAAGGGUUUCGCCCUCAGAUGCUGACUCUACCGUGAGUGAAGAGUCCAGUGAGAGGGAAGCAGGAGAUAAGACGCCGGGCGCGGUGAAUGACGGGCCGCCCCCCCCCAGUUCAGGGAACGAGCAGCCCUCUUCUGCCUCCAUCUUCGAGCACGUGGACAGGCUCUCCCGCUCCUCCGAGGCCAGCCGGCGGGGCCCCAGUAAGAUCCAGCUGAUCGCCAUGCAGCCCAUCCCCGCACCUCCUGUCCACCACCUGGCCGACCGAGUGGCAGAAACCAACAAAAUUAACAAAGAGAUUCAGACGGCGCUGCGGCACAAGUCGGAGAUCGAGCACCAUCGGAACAAGAUCCGGCUCCGUGCCAAGCGCCGUGGCCACUACGAGUUCCCGGUGGUGGAUGACCUGUCGUCGGGGGACACGCGGGAGCGACACCGGGUGUACCGCAGGGCGCAGAUGCAGAUCGACAAGAUCCUGGACCCCACGGCCAGCGUGCCUUCGGUGUUCAUAGAGCCCAGGAAGAGCAGCUCGCGGCUGAAACGUUCUCCCAAGGCCCGCCGGAAGCACCAGGUCAACGGCUGCCCCGGAGACGCCGAGAAGGACAGGCUCAUCACCACAGACAGCGACGGCACUUACAAGAGGCCUCCCGGCGUCCACAACUCCGCCUACAUGGGUUGCCCAUCCGACCCCGACCUCCCAGCAGACGUACAGACGCCGUCUUCUGCUGAGCUGGGCCGGUACCCAGGCCUGCCCUUCUCGGCCCCGCAGUACAUCCCGCCCCAGCCGUCCAUUGAGGAGGCCCGCCAGACCAUGCACUCCCUCCUGGACGACGCUUUUGCCCUCGUGGCCCCCAGCAGCCAGCCCGCCAACGCUGCUGCAGGCCCCGGGGUCCCAGCUGGCCUGCCCGUGAACAGCACCCCUUCCCGGGAAGAUAGACGAGCCGCCCAAUGGGGCUCCUUCUACAGCCCAGCUCAGAUGGCCAACAACCCAUGCAGCAGAUAUGACGACUAUGGAAUGACUCCCCCAUCGGGCCCAUUGCCAAGACCUGGUUUUGGCCCUGCUGUGCUUCAGUCUUCGGAGCUGGUGCCUCCGGAGCCCCAGCAGCCGCAGGCAUCGUCUGAAGCCCCGUUUGUUGCCCGAGGGAUCUACUCAGAGGACAUGCCAUCGGUGGCCCGGCCCCGGCCUGUCGGGGGCACCACAGGCUCCCAGAUUCAGCACCUGACCCAGGUGGGGCUUGCGAGCAGGAUCGGAGCUCAGCCGGUGGAGGUCCCACCAAGCAGAGGCGGCCAGUGCGGGGGGCCAGGCUGGCCUUCGUUCGGGGAGGACGAGGUGGGCCGGAGAGAGGCCACACACAUGCUUGGACAUCAGGAGUAUUCUUCACCACUGUUCCAGGUGCCAAGGACUUCGGGCAGGGAGCCCUCCGCUCCUCCCGGGAGCGCCCCGCACAGGGGGCUGCAGGGCGCCGGGCUGGCCUAUGCCACCAGCUCCACGGAGGACCUCCAGCCCGGCCACUCCUCCACGUCACUCAUCAAGGCCAUCCGUGAGGAGCUCCUGCGGCUCUCCCAGAAACAGACCGCCGUGCACAACUUCCACAGCUGAUGGGCCUCGCCUUGCGUUUGCCAAGUAUCCGCUUCCCGUGGAAGCAAGACUCAAAGGAAACCGGCUUAAGGGAUGUCAGGAAGAGACCAGUGCCUCCAGGGCUGGGGGCCGCGGGAGGGAGCAGUUUGCCAUCUGAGACGAUGCCAGAUGCCAUACGUCACGUGACAGCUCGCGAGGCUUUUACCAAGUUGGCAAUGUUGUGACCAUUUGGGUUCAGUCGAGAUUUCUGGAUUUUUGGCCAAAAGCCAGCAGCACUUCACGAAAGACAGACCACAAACCUAACCUAACGGAGUUUCUUAGUCAGUCCCCUUUUUCAAGGCAAAAGAUGGAAAUGUAUAGAAUGUAUAGGGCCAAAAGGAGUCCGGCAUUUCCGUGCGGAGACGUGUUUGAGGCUGGUUUGUAUGGUGAACCUGCUGCUUUGUUUUCUGAGAAAAGAGAUUUGAAGACAUUUUAUUAACAGCUUACUUCCCUCUUUUUCUCCUUAGGAACUUGUUUUACUAGUAAUAUUAACAACAAGGGUACUAAGACUGUUUGGGGACUUAAAAAGCUACUAGUGAGAAACCAAAUGAUAGACGUAGAGCCUGAUGAUUCCACACGAAGCCAUCAUCUGCAUUUCCCCUUCUACUUCUGGUGCUACCGCUCCAAGCGCCCUCCCCCUUUAUGUCUGUGAAAUGCAACUUUGGCUUUUCCAAUGGAAGGAUGUGUUGAAGGCUUCAUUUUGUUCUAGAAAGGAAAAAACAAACACAAAAAAACACUCCCAAAAGAGGGGGGAAAGCUAAAUAUUUAUUUGGUUAUUCAAAACACAUAUCAGAGUUUAGGUUUACAUUCUUCAUUGUAUUUGUUGGUUUUUAAUUGGGCACGUGGCACUCCGAGAGCAUCCCACUUCAGCACAUGUCCCCUUCAAGGCCAGUCCUACAGAAUGAGGCUCUCAGGAGGUCCUAACCGAUCCUGGCGCUUUGCUGAUGAGUUGCUCACAAAUUAUGUUUGAAUGAGAAACGGUCCAUAAGCAAAAAUGAUGUUUAAGCAUUCCUGGGGCCACCAAAUAGUGAUUCGUGAGUACAUUCCUGGUGAUCACAUUCUCUGUGUGUUCAGGACCUGGAGAUGAAGCUGAGUUCUCGCCGGCCUCUGAAUCGGGAAAUGUGAAGAAGAGCUUUGGGAACAAGGGAAGGGAGGGGGCUGCUCCUAACGUCUGAUUUCAUGUGCGUGACCCUGCUGAGUGACUGCUGAAGGCGUCCGUCCAUGUGCUGUGGGCCCAAUAGAGGGUGGGUGUCAUCUCCCUUGAGGUUUACCCUGGAAGUCACCGUUCCCUCCCCGCCUCCAACCCCCCAGAAUUAAAGUGAGGACUGGAAUAACAAGGGCUGUUUCGUUUUCUGGUACCGGAGUGAAGCUCAGGAGAAAAAUAGAUAACACAUGGCUACUAUGAGUUCUUUUUUAUUAGAUUAGCUAAUACUUUAACCAACAGAUGAACAGGCAGAAUUGGGGGCUCUAACCAAAACCCGUGUCACGCCUUGCGAGCCCUGAGCCAGCUCACGUAGGUUUCCGCAGUGUAAUCGUUGCUCCAGAGCCACGUCUCAGCACUGCGUUACGCUGCCCUCAGCCGCUCAGCGCGGAGCAGCCACUGUUUAUCUGUGUGCUCCUCCAGGAGCGGGGCUGGAGAGUAAGUCUCUCAGGGAUGUUAAGGAAAGGGACUCCUUUCCUGGCAGCCCUCACAGGCUCCAGGAGCGUGGGAGAGAAGGCCUCCUUCUGGUUUUGAUUUCUGACCCUCGGUCCUGGGUUAAUAGCGUGGAGGGAUCUCUGUGUGUCACUGAGAAAUACCAGGUUUCCUGAAUACGUUAUUAUGAAUGUCAGACAUCCCAGCAGAAUUGUAUUACGGACACCUCACAGUGAAGUCCAGUCGUGUGGCAGCAAGUGGACCAAAUGCAGGCCCCUCUUCUCCCCUUCUGCCCGGUGUGGUCGGCACUAAAAAUGGUUACCUCCCUUGGACAUUGAAGAAAUGGCCCCUGUUUUAAAGGGGGCUGCAGUGGCGAUUAUGAUGCCUUUCAAACUAGCAUACAAGGAUUCGACCUGUAUUGUUCUUCUUAGAACUGAUACACCUUUAAACUGAUGUUAAGACCAAAGAGGACAUAGAAUACCUGGGGUGGGGGGUAGUGGGAGAAUGGGGGGCGUGUGGAGUGGUGUGGCAUAGUGUGGCGUGGUGUGAACAGGCCGGUGAGAUCACCAGCACUCGGGUGUUGGUUGUGAAGCACGCCCAGAUUGCCCUUGUUUUCUCUGAACAGCUGCCACGGAAGUCUUACCAAGCCCCAGACUCAGGACCGACUAGCUGUCGCGGGAGCACCACACACAGAUGGGUCUGCAGUCACUCAGACAAUGUGAUCUGCUUAAAAGGAAGGUCCUCAUGUCCAUCCUAUGCGCUUUAGAGUUCAUUUAUUUGAAGCAUUCUAAAAUGAAAAGUUAUUCUAAAAUGUAUGUCUCUCCUUUUCCCCUAUUUUCAAAGUUCCAGUGGUAAUAAAAUGAACUAUAAAUUUGAGCCAAUAUUUUAGCGAAUACUAUUUGGAGAAAUGAUCAUUGAAUUCUCUGUGUCAGGUCCCUUUUCUGAGCCUCAUUCUCCCCAUCAGCCAAACAAGGACAGACCUCCCUUGCCCACCUCCUAGAAUUUCUCAUUGUGAGCAUCAGAUGUGAUCAUGUGUGCAAGUGUCCCUUGAGAAGGAAGCACAGAGCAUUGUGAAAUGCAAAAUGUUAUCUGUAUGAUUAUGCUGGGAAGGAUGAUCGGAUGUGCUGUGACCUACCAGUGAGUGAGCUCACAUGGAGGUACCCAGAGCACAACUAAAGGCCUCGUGCGACUCUCUCCCUCUCUCCUGUUUUGCUUUAAUUCACUUCCUUCUCCAUUAACUUUUAAACAGCAUUUACUACACAUUUUUCAUGCUCCUGAUUUCCUGUCAAACAUGGACCCUGCCUUCUGAGGUCUUAGAAUCUAAGCCGAAUAACACAGGUUUACAAGAUGGACGAUACACAUAAAUAACAAGGUUUAGACAUCAGUAACGUUUGUUGAGGGUGCACAAGUGCAUUAAUACAGGGACGAAAUUCCUAACCUCACUGUCUAGGGAGUUUUGUAAGAGGAAGAAGUGGUGGUGUGAGUACAUGCUUGGAGUAAUACAGUGAGAAAGUGACCAGGCCUGGGAAGAAGGUCUCCCGAGGAAGAGAUCCAUUCUGGAGAGCACGCCAGUGUCUGCCGAAGAACCCAAGGUCAAGCAUGGAAGUAGCGGUAAGAGUUCCACCAUCUGCUCCUCUGCUUGGCGCAGAUCUCAAUGGCCAGCCAUUGGGCCACAUUCAAUCCUUUGUGAAGCGUGGUGGGUUAUAAACACAUACAUUUGACUUAUUGACAGCCACCUACAUGUUUUUCUCCAAAUGUUAUUUAAUUUCAGAGUAUUUUUUAUUUUGGUGGCAUGUGGCUUUUGAGCAGCAGGUUAAGUGGGUUUUUUGCCAACCAGACUUUUCAGGGCAAGAGGCCUGUAGUGCAAAGCACAGGUGAAGGUCUGCCUGAAGGCUUUGGGCGGAACCAGGUACUUCUGUGUGUUAUGAGCCUCCGUUUACCUGUGGGCAGGGUCAGCACUGACUGCAUUGCACAGCCUCUUAGUGCUCCAGUGACCAAACCAGUCACUCGGACACUGAUGGGCAUUUGCAGUAACUCACCAGUUAAUCAUUAAAUAAACUUCUUUGUCCCCUUCAUACUAGAUUCUUAGACGUGAAUGAGUUUGUUGGUUGGAAGGAAAGCUGGUUAAGGUUCUGGGCAGGGGGAUGGGGGCCUCCAGUCUUAACUACCACACCAACUUUAGCUCUAGUUGAGUUUUAGCCAUUUCAUUUCUACCUCCAGAGCAAGUCUCCAAAGCCAGCCUCCACAGCCUGCUAGUCCACAUUUAUCCCAGAUAGGAGCACAAGAAAGUCCACUUCUAUCCCUGCCAACAGACCAUUGAUCACAAAACCCAUUUCUAUGGGAUGGUAACUUGAACUUCAUUUUUACAUUUAAUCCCACACAUUCACAGAUAUUCUUGUAACAGGUGAGAGGGGUUUCUAUGAGCAGUUGCUCUAACAUACUCAUAAAAUUUAAUAGGCUGACAAUACGUAGUGAACGAGGACUGUGUACAUUUCAGGUGUCUUUUGAUAUUUUUUGGAGGUGAUUUUCAGUGUUUAAAUGAGGACUCCUUUGUAUUAAAAAAGACUUGAAAACCGAGACCUCACGGUACGAUCCUAAUUCCGUGCUCGUGUGUGUAAUGGUACACUUGAGAGUUUAUUUUCAGAACAUGCAGCAGCAUUGCCAUUUAGGAAAAGAACAUUUACAUGCCCUUGGAAACAUGAAACAAAGUUAGGAACCCGGCGAGCAAGUGAGAAGGAAUGCAUGUCUGAAUCUGAGGAACUCUGGUGCCGAUUGGUUUCCCACAGGGUAGGUAAUUAUGCAGGCGGCUUGCUUUUCCUUCUCCCAGGUUUUUCUGCUCUGGGGCCACUUCGAAAAGAAAGGGUGAAGAGACAGGUAGAGAUGUAAGCGAUCUGGGUCUUGUGAUCCGUGAUUCUGUGGAACCGUUCUCGAGAACUUGGAGCGUCAUGCCCACCAGAUUUCAUGCCUUCAUAACUUGACUCUUAAGUGUGCAAGUCAGGAAUAGUACAGGGCCAGGUUCAAGACAGACCCCCUGUACUUGCCCACAGCUGUGGGGAAGGAAGGGGGUGCUGGAGGGACAGAAGCUCCACCAAUGAACUCGGUUGCUCUAAGCACAGAGGGCUCAUUUCAGAAAAGGGGAGUCGACUCAGCUUUGCUUUCCUGCAGAGCAUCAUGGGGAGCAUGGAGCUAUGGCUGGCCUUCCCCUUCCAGGAAAGGUCGCUUCGUAGAGCUGCCCUGGGAUGCCCCCUUGGCCCCUCCUCCUUCGGCAAGGUCCGUAUUCUGACUCUUCCUGCACUCUCAUUCCGAGAUCAUGAGUGUUAAUGUACGAAAAUACACAGAGUAAGUGAAGGCCACUUGUGGCAUCAGUCCUGCAACUUGAACUUGACAAUCAUGGUUUGCUGGCACUUAAAUUUUGGCAUAGGUGUAUGAUUUUAGUAAUCGAAUCCUCCCUCUAUUUGUCAGUUACGUUUCUACCCUCCAAUUAGCUGCACUGUUUUUCUAAUGUGCUGUAGAGUUUUUGAAAUAAUUUAUGCAAGUGUUUGGUUUCCAUGUUUACAAUUUAUACGGCUUUCCUAGCAUUUUAAAUGGAACUGUCAAUAAAUGCUAUGAA